UCUCUAGCUGCAUUUAGGGGAAUUAUGCACCAAAUUGGCCCUAAGCAGAAAGCAUGUCGAGUUCAGUCCUUUGGCUAAUGUGCAAGACCAAGCAGAAGCCGUGGAGUAGCUUUUUGGGCAUGAAAAAGGUGCACAGAUAGAAGACAGGGAUUCCCGGCUGGGAGGAGGGAGGAGAGCUGAAGAUCCCUGUCUGAGCUGGCUGAUCUAGCAAAGAGGGAAGCUGAGUGCUUGAAAGAGGAUUAUGCUCGCACUAGAAAUAAGCAAUCUGUGGUUCACUGGUCAGCAAGUUCUGGCAAUGAAGUCACUGCUGCUGGUGCAAAGUAUUCUGGGAUGUCUGACAGUGAAAUGGAUGGAAAGACUCACAUUCCAUCUCUGCUUAAUGUCCUUUUGUCCAGAAAUCGGGCCAUGCAAAUGAACUACUUGACAAGUAAAGAAAAAGGAUAUGGAAAACUAAGCAGUGAUGAAGACCUCGAAAUAAUUGAUCAAAAGCAGGGAAAAGGCUCUAGGGCGGCAGAUAAGGCUGUUGCCAUGGUGAUGAAGGAGAUACCGAGGGAGGAGUCUGCUGAAGAAAAGCCCCUCCUUACUAUGACAUCACAGCUGGUGAAUGAGCAACAAGAAAGCAGACCCCUCCUGAGUCCCUCCAUCGAUGACUUUCUCUGUGAAACGAAAUCAGAGGCAACAGCAAGGCCAGUAACAUCCAACACAGCGGUAUUGACCACAGGCUUAGAUCUCCUGGACCUGAGUGAACCAGUCUCUCAAACCCAAACCAAAGCCAAGAAGUUGGAGGCCUCAUCGAAAACCUCAUCCCUCAAAAAAAAGGCCGAUGGAUCUGACCUCAUCAGUGCAGAUGCUGAGCAGAGAGGCCAGCCUCUCAGAGUUCCUGAGACUUCAUCCUUAGAUUUAGUAGACAUUCAAACACAACUGGAAAAAUGGGAUGAUGUUAAGUUUCAUGGAGACCGAAGUAGCAAGGGGCAUCCAAUGGCAGAAAGAAAGUCAUGCUCAUCUAGAACUGGAUCAAAAGAACUCUUAUGGUCUUCAGAACAUCGAUCUCAGCCAGAACUGAGUGGUGGGAAAGGCGCCCUCAACUCUGAAUCGGCUUCAGAAUUAGAAUUAGUGGCUCCAGCACAGGCUCGACUAACCAAAGAACAGCGCUGGGGAAGUGCAUUACUUUCAAGAAACCACUCCUUAGAAGAGGAAUUUGAAAGGGCAAAAGCAGCAGUGGAGUCAGAUACCGAGUUUUGGGAUAAAAUGCAAGCAGAAUGGGAAGAAAUGGCUCGGAGAAACUGGAUAUCUGAGAACCAAGAAGCCCAGACACAAGUCACAGUCUCAGCUAGUGAGAAGGGAUAUUACUUUCACACUGAAAACCCAUUCAAGGACUGGCCUGGAGCAUUUGAAGAAGGCUUGAAAAGGCUAAAGGAAGGAGACCUGCCAGUCACCAUCCUGUUCAUGGAGGCAGCAAUUCUUCAGGACCCUGGAGAUGCAGAGGCAUGGCAGUUCCUCGGGAUAACCCAGGCAGAGAAUGAAAAUGAACAAGCAGCUAUUGUCGCCCUCCAGAGGUGCUUAGAAUUACAACCCAACAACUUGAAAGCUUUGAUGGCUUUAGCUGUGAGUUACACUAACACUGGCCACCAGCAGGAUGCCUGUGAAGCACUGAAAAAUUGGAUUAAGCAAAAUCCAAAGUACAAAUAUCUUGUGAAGAGCAAGAAGGGAUCUCCAGGCCUCACUCGGGGGAUGUCUAAGUCCCCAGUUGACAGCUCUGUUCUGGAAGGAGUGAAGGAACUAUAUCUGGAAGCUGCCCACCAAAAUGGAGAUAUGAUCGACCCAGACCUGCAGACAGGCCUAGGGGUGUUGUUCCACCUGAGCGGAGAAUUUAACAGAGCAAUAGAUGCAUUUAAUGCCGCCUUAACUGUUCGGCCAGAGGACUAUUCUUUAUGGAACCGUCUCGGAGCGACCUUAGCAAAUGGAGACCGCAGCGAGGAAGCCGUGGAGGCCUACACGAGGGCACUGGAGAUUCAGCCCGGCUUCAUUCGGUCCAGAUACAAUUUGGGAAUAAGCUGCAUCAAUCUGGGUGCCUACAGAGAAGCAGUCAGCAAUUUUCUCACUGCCCUCAGUUUGCAAAGAAAGAGCAGAAAUCAACAGCAAGUUCCACAUCCUGCAAUCUCUGGGAACAUCUGGGCUGCUCUGAGAAUUGCACUCUCGCUGAUGGACCAACCAGAACUCUUUCAGGCGGCUAAUCUCGGUGACCUGGAUGUCCUUCUAAGAGCUUUUAACUUGGAUGCUUGAAAGAAGAGAAAAUAAAAAAUAAAAAGCCCUCAUAUGUGUAAUUAUACUGAGAAAUGCAAAACUAUUUUAUUAUGAAUUUCAGAAAGGAUAAAUCAGAUGUUCAAAAGGCCAUGGUGGUAUAACUCAAGGGAAUUCCUACAGACAAUGCCCAGUUUCUGUCCACAUCCAAAAGCACAAAAUGUUGUAUUUAAGUCAAGGUUGGGCUCGAAAGAAGAAUUGAGAGGCUCAAGACAAACCAAGAUAAAAUAAUUGUGUGAGAAUAUGCUUCACAAGUUGCAAGCAUAUUGCAAAACAGGCUCUUUGAGAUUUUUGUCCCUGGUUGCAGCUAAGGAACUUGUUGCUGGAACACUUAGAGAAAGCACUGCCUCAGAUCAGGGAAGUCUGACUGCUUCUGAACUCUCCCCUGAAACUCCCCCUUUUCCAGAAUUGAACAUAGUAUAUGGGCCAUUGGUGCAUGCACACAUAUAUGAACUCUUGACUAAAAAGAGGCAUUGCUUAAGUCUGUUCCAAUUUUAACUUUUAUUGUAGUCCUUUGAUUCCAGAGAGGGAGCUUUGCUGGCAAAAGCAGUUUUUGCACUAGACAUUUUUGCUGUUCCCAAUCAAAACUUUUCUGGGACUGUAUAUAUGCACUUUAAUAUCUUAUUUAUGCCUUGCUGGAGUUUUGUUUUGUUGCUCCAAUUUUUAACUUGGGAGUGAAAGAUUUGAGAACUCAGCCUUGUUAGAUCAACAGACCAAAUAAAAAUUCCCGAAAAUAGUUUUUCAUAAUGUGGAGUUUGCAGGAGAGUUUUUUAAAAAGCAGAUAUGGCAUAAGGUAUAAAUAUGUCAAACACAAAUCUUCUUACGUGCUUUUGGGACUGUAUGAACUUAAGUAAGAAGACAAGAUACUAUCUCUUCAAGCAUUCUCUGCAGGAAGAAAUUUUGAUGAUAUCGUGAUUUCUAUUGAGUUCACAUUAUCUUGCCUGAAGUGUCAUAUUUUACUGGCUUUCUAACUGCCCUGCAUAGUAAUGUUCCUUUUAAACUGUUAAUAUUUUAAAUGGUAUUUCUUAAGAGGGGUAAAUGCAUUUUCCUAAAAAUUGUGUUUUCUUAGUUCCAUAAUAAUCUGCACUGCACAUCCAUUUGCAUUCUAAGUGGUAGAAAAUAUUUUCUAACUGAAUGUCACUAAAUGUUUGAUAUGAAAGAUGCAACCUUUGGCUCUUAGGCUGAACAUUAUCAAGUGUCAAGAAUUUUCUGUUAGCGGUGGUGUUUUAUUUAAUUGGUUGCAUUCCACUUAGUUCUUCAGAGUCUUUUGUGUGCGUUUGGGGCAUGGUGAUUGUUUUGCAUACCACUUUUUAAAGAAUUAGGAGAACUGUCUGCAAAAUGCUAACCAAAAUAUAAUUUUACCAAUAUCAGUUCUAGUAAGUUGCCCCAUUCUUCACCUUAUCUCCUUCCUUCCAGAAAUUUCCCCAGAGCAUUCUGAGCUCAACUUUUUUUUUUUUCCCCAUGUUUUUUGGUUAGUGAUACUUGUUUCAACUCAUGCUUAUAGUUACCCAAAUAAAACAAGCAUUUGGGUCAACACAGUUUAAUUGAUCAGGAAAUUAGCUUCUCCUGGGGGGGGGGGGGGCCUCGUGCUGAGAAAUUGAACUCGAGGUCAGGAAGAAAUCCUCUCCCAUUACCUUAAAAGUCCCUGUAACUAAGGAGUGGGUUGGGAGAGGGGCCUCAAGUUAACAUGAAACCAGGAGACCUUGAGGCUCAUAUGAGAAAACACCUAUUCUAGUUUAUAAAGACAAAGAGUUGAGGGCACUUUGUGAGAUGCCAGGUUUUAGCAUUCAUUGUCAGACGUCCCUUGGGCAGCAGGAAGCAGGGUCAUUAAAAGCAAAGUAACUUCAAACUCCAAGGAGCUGUCUUAGGGGAGAGUAGACAGUUUUCCAUUCCCACCAUUAUUUGGUGAUUUGCAGAGCAUUCAGUAGGACUUUCUCUGAUAUAUCUAGUGCCCAUCAGAACCAAGAUUUUCAAAGAUCAUCAUCCUUCAGGAAGUCCAGAAUUAUUGCCCAAGAGGAAAAGAGUUGCAUUUUCAAUGGUAUUUUUUUUUAAUUAAGUAAAAGCAGUUACCAAAAAGUGAGCAAAAGUUUGCAGAAAUCAGAGUACCACUGAAAAUCAAGUGAGACUCUAGAACAGACUUUAUUUUAUACAUCACUUUUAAAAAAUGUAUUCACAUAAUGUUUUCAGAACUGUUUUUGGCAUCUCAUCCUUGUGGUGUGAAAUUGUCAAUUAAGUUGUUCCCUGUUCUUGAAAGGGUAAGGUGUUCUUGGUUCCCUUCUGAGGCUACUGUAACGCUGGGAAUGCUUUGCAUCUCUCUUUUUCUUGUACUUCUGAGUAACUGCCUAAGAGCCCUUUGAUGAUAUUACUCUUUUUAGAAUGGCACAGUUGUGACUUUCAGGGACUAACUUCAAUAGAUUGGAUGAAAAUGCAGAGAAAGCCAUUGAUCGUUGGUGAGUUUCCAAAUGUGGCAUAAUUAUUUCUAAUAGGCUAUGUGCUGCUGUACCAUAGUGAUAAAGAGAAAGAGGCGAAGGGAGGGAGAGGAACAGGAGAAACAGAAAAAAAAAUCCGUUACUGGGUCAAUCAUAUUGAUUCGUCAUUCCCUUUGCUUCCUCCCAAGAUCAUAUACCAUGGCUCCUGAAAGAAAGGCAAAUCUUGUCCUCCAGGCAGGCAACUUCAGUAGAAAACUAUGACCUGUGAUUUCUCAGUCUAUCUGAAUCUCUACUAGAAUGGCACCUUGGUGAUAGAUGCCUGGGUAGGAACACCCAGGACACACUCGCUUUCAGAGUUUCAAGCACCUGUCCUUGCUCUUUUCUGUAAAGAGAACUAUUAUUCUGAAUCUUGGGCCCGUGUCUAGAUACUGGCAACAGAUAAAUCUGUCUGGAUAUUCUUCAUAUACAAGCAAGACUUGAACACGAUUGGAGCUAGACCCACUUAUAACAGGAGCUCCCAAAUUCUUUGCCAUAAGCUUGGGAGCCCCUUGGGAGUACCUUGGGAAUAGAGAGAAAGGAAGACAGUCCUUUUGUGUCCUUCCCUCUUUUGCCUGUGAAUCAGUUCCUCAAGACUGCACUCUACCUUAAGUUAGUUGCUGUUAUUGUUUUAUACCUUGAAAUGCUUCCAGAAGCAUUUUAGAAACAGGGUAUUCUGAAGGCUCCAUUUGUGUGCCAGCUUUUUGAGGCUUCCUAUUUUAGAAAUUAUUACACAUGUGAUUUCAACAUGGCAAAAAAAUUUCAAAUUCAUUCCCUAUCCUGAUUUUACUGCACAAUUUCCCUGUCAACUCAGUAUUUAUAGAAGUGGUUGAAAUUAAACUGUUUUGAACUAAGAAGUAGAUACAUAUAUUUUUAAAGAAUGUUCAUAGAUGAACUCUGACAUAAGGUGUGUAAAAAGGCAAUUUUUAAAAAGUAAAACAUAUAACCUCAGGUACAAAAAUAUUGCAUGCAUUAGUACUUGCAAAUCUGCCUACUCAAAUAUUAACCAAAGCAUGCAAGAUAACUUACUGAAUGUAAAUUUACCAAGUGCAUGAUUAACUCUCAUAGGUUAGCUUAUUUUUUCUUGCUUCGGAAUAAGGAAGCAUUUACGUGAACUUUGUGUUACAGUUCUUAUAUUUGCUUUUAAUAUCCUGCCCUUGAGAGUGUUUUCACAUUAUCACACUGAACUUUACAGAUGUUCAAACAUCUGGUUUAUGCAGUGUUUCAGCCAGUGCCAAAUGAAUCCUCUGAAGAACCAAGUACUUAGACUUCCAAACACUUUUUAAAAAAACAGGCCACUGAGGCAUAACAGAUCCAAAACAGAAGCAAACAAAAUUCAUGUGUCUGAAUGCUAGUAAAUGAAAUCCUGUUGAUUGCCUCAGCACAUAAAGUUUCCGGUUCUAAAUUCUCAGUAGUGCAUUUUGAAAAUUUUUUAAAAGUUUGGGAAUAAAGUAUAAAUACUGAUAUUUUAAAUAAUAUGGGAGAAGUUGGAGUCAUUUCAAGCACAGGAAAAUUAUCAUAAGGCAAAGUGGCAAAGGGCCUCAGUCACCAUAAAUGGCAUGUCCUUUAGUGGGGUUUGUGGGGUGUCAAGCACUACCCUCUACACAGACCUAUUUAUAGUAUUCAUUCCCUAUAGUAUAGAAUAGUAGGUGGGCUCCUUGGGUUCAUGUCUCUUGAGAAACUAGACUUGAUCAAUAUAUUUAAAAACACUGAAAUUUGGUGGUGUUGAGGUGAUUUCACGGCCACUCAAAAACAACUCGGAAGCUCUCUCACUGCCUUUUUCUGUAAUCCUGGUUUUAUGAGAAAACACAGGCAAGGAGAAAAAUGGAGAGAGCAAAGCUCAGUAAGACGGUGGGGUUUUAUGUCAGUAAAACACACACACACAACGCAGACAAAUCCACAUCACCUCAAGGACAGAAUUCCCCAAACACAAAGCAACGGGCACGAAACACCCUGAGUUGGGGGGUAUGGGGGGCAGGGCAUUAAACACUUAAGAAAAAUAGGAAAUGAAAGGGAGGCUUAAAAUCUCAAGUGGUAUUUUGCUUUGACUAGUUUCCCCUACUGCAUCCUAGGUAGGAAUACCACAGGAACACAUACUGGAAGCAAGUGUCCCAGUCUCAAAACUGUUUUCUCAGGACCUUCUUUACAAAAGAAAACUUAAUUUGAAAUGUUGCACUGUCUUAGUAAACCUUGACAGACUCAGUGGAACAUUUUUUGAAAACUGCAUUCAAAAUAAUAUUAAGACAAAAAAAAAGGCAAUUCUUUGGUCAACAGUACAAUGUGUUUAGUCUUCUUCUCUUUAAAUUUCUUGGGGAGGAAAAAGGUAUGACACAAGGACUGAGGGAUUUACACGCUCAAUGAGCUAAUUUGGGUAUUUGGCAUUUUCACUGAGAUAUAUAAAUUUUUCACAUGGAUACCAUGAAAGGUUUGUUUCACAUGAGAAAUGGGUUCAUGAUUGAAUAUGUUAUCAGUAGUAAAAGGAAACAUAGCAAGCGUAAAUUUUUACCAACUUCCUUUCAUUUUCCCCCUGUAUCAUCUAACCCAAAGCCCCUUCAAUUUUCAUUGCCCAAAUUUGUUUAUAUUGGUUGAAAAGAACCUGAUUAAUUUAGUAAAUUUUCUACAAACUAUAACAAGCAUUUACUAUUUAGAAAAGACAUUUCUAUGUAUUUUGUAUAUCUAUGAAUAUUGCAUACCUAAUCUAUUCUAAAAAUAUUGUUUUGAAACGUUCUGUGAUGCUUCCUUAUCAUGCUCAAUAUUGUUGAAAAUCUUUGGAUUUCAUUUUUAAGCUGAAAUAGAUAAAGAAAAAAUUAACUUUAAAUGUUUACAUUGAGUUUCUAAACUAAUACCGACCUAAAUUAAGUGACCUAUGGUAAACUAAUGGCAAUUGGGGGUAAAGCUUAUUGGCAUAGGAGGUGAUACACUUUAUCUGUAUUUAAUGAAAUAUUAUGUACCAUCACAACUCUGUUGGGUAUUAAGGCUUCAUCUUAAUAUUUCCCUGCAUUGCUCUUUUAAAUAAAAUUACUACCAUAAAAAUAACCUACAUAUAUAUGUGUUUAAUUUACUGAGUUGGCUUAUAAUUUGCAAAGUACCAAGAUUAAGGUAGUAUUUUGUAUUAUUAUUGGAAGCAUGCCUUCCCUUUUUCACAUUAUUAAAUUGUAUUUAUAUUUGUGCAAUUUUAAACUAUGUUUUCAAAUAAACUUUGUCUGUGGCUUCA